GCCCGACUCCUCCACCCACCUCUCUCCUCCUCCCCCCUCACUACCCCCUGGAGUGCAAAUCCCCAGCCAGAGAAAAACAACACCAUCCAGCCCACGGAACCCACGCCAUGACCAUAACCACGCUCGCGGCCUCCGCGCCGAACACCAACGACGCCGACCUCGCUGUCCUCAGCGUCUCGCGGCUGCUCACCCGCCUCGAACAUAAUCUCCUCUCGCCGGGAGCGGACCUCGUCGGGCUGCGGAAGUCGGAGUUUCAGAGGAUGAGGGUCGGAGCGAAUAUCGAAUACGCCCGUUCAAACCUCCACUCCCUCGAGCGCAGCAUCCCCACCACGAAACCUCUCGACCGCCGACAUACCCUCCAGACCGAAGUCCAGCGACACCAGGAGACGCUGAAACGGCUGCAGACUCUCCUCGAAGAGAUCACCGCCGAGGCGGAGGCGCGGGCUUCUUCUUCCGGUGGCUAUGACGAUCACGAUGAGGAGUCCAUAGACGGGGAGGAUUUACUGGGUACGCCGGAGGAGAGCAGUACGGAGAAUGAAUUAGGGAAGGAAGAGGAGGAGGAGGAAGAGAAGGCACAUGAGCAGGAGCGAGAGGAAAAGCAGGAGCUAGGUGGUGAUGGAGAGACGACGAUCACAGCGACACCGACAGCUACAGCUACAGCUACGGCUACGGCGACACCCACGCCAGCGACAAUGACCGCGGCACCUAUCGCCUCCCCAACAGCGACGCUACGAAACCGACACAUGGCGUCUCCGUCGUCUCCGGAGUCGAGUGCGAAAGCGACGGGAUUCGAGGGCCCCUCGUCAUCCACCUCCGCCUCGAAGGCCCAGGACACAGAGCAAACGCUGUCGACGCACCGAGCGGAACAGGAGGACCUGACGAGCUCGCUGCUCUCGCUGGCCAGUCAGCUGAAGUCGUCGUCGCAGGCGUUCCAGACGUCGCUGGACUCGGAGAAGUCGGUUCUCUCGCGCGCGGUGGACGGGCUGGACCGCACGACGGGGAACAUGCAGGCUGCGGAGCGGCGGAUGGGGAUGUUGCGGCGCAUGACGGAAGGGAAGGGCUGGUGGGGACGGAUGAUGCUGUAUGCGUGGAUUCUGGGGUUAUGGGUUGUGGCGGUGUUGAUCGUGUUUCUGGGGCCUAAGCUGCGAUUCUAGAACCAUUUGUCGUCCCGCAUGGAGUUUGGGCGUUUUGCUUCCCCAGAGAGGCGAUCUGUUUCGAGAUACCACGAGGAUAGAUUUUCCUAUCUAUCAAUUGAAUGUUUAUAGAGC